CAGUUCGGUGCUGACACGCAGAAACAAGCUGUACAUGCUGACCUCUGGGCUAACUACUAGGCGACUUCGAUCGAGAUCAUUUGAUAAUUGGCAUUGAAUUGGCAGGUAUAUAUGUACGCGACACAUUGCUGCACCACUUGCACACCUGUUCGUAGCAAUGUCGGCGGUUGAGCUCGAGUAUGUGAUUUCAAUGCUCGAUGUAGGAUUCGUGGACAACUGCUGCUAUACCGCAGCGUGUACAAUUUAUACAUAUGACCGCUGUCUCACCUUCUGGCGGGAAGUUGAGCUGCUAUGGCGGCGCCCAAGCAUGUCUACAGCAACGAGGCUGUACCUAUUACUGCAUUUCUCCAUUGCGGUGUACCUGUAUAUAGGGAUGAUAUUGGCACUCUUCGUCACCAACUUAUCCGCCCUUCCCCACAGCCUUCACGGCCUUGCGUGCCUACGCCAUCAGUUAUCGCUCCGUGCCACUCGCAGUCGCAAUUUGCCUGUUCCCGUAGUGGAGGCCGCGAUAAACGUUUAUGAGAUUUGCUCCCUCACCGAAGUAUUAGUACCCCAACCUGUUGGCUGCGAAAUCACCAACGGCGACAACUCUGCGAUUAAUCGAUCAUGUGCGGAAAAUUUCCACUGACUUGCAACUGACUCUUGGGUGACGCCCUGCUGUCACCGAAACAGUGAAUCCUGCUGCGCAAGCAUCCACUGUUAUCCCCGAGGUAUUACUGCUAGCGGCGACCUGGCGCUAUGUCUACACGACCAAAC